AUGAACCCUAGCAAUUUAAGCAGCAAUCGGUCGCCUUCGCCCGGGCGACCGCUCGACGGCUACCAGCUUACGGACGGUCCGUACGGACAUGAGCACCACAUAGAAAUGCCCUCAAGCGACCGAUUGGCGGAACAACCUACGUUCUCGGUCGAGAGGCUUCCGCAGUCCUAUGGCCACAACGAAAUUUAUGAGGCACAGCACCAACAACAUUAUCCAGGCUACGAGUACACCGUCGACCCAGAGGCACACCACGACGCUUAUUAUACCCAACCCUACCAACCUACAGUCACACCGGGUCAUGAAGAUUACGAUCUCGGCCAAUACCCGGGACACCAGCAUUCUUAUCACGACGAUGAGCCGAUUCUCCAACCGGAAGACCCCUUUCAAGCGCAGAACCCGUACAGCGAUGAUUACCAGGAGGACAUGACGAUUGCGCCUACGCCGAGUCCUGCUCCUCUCCGACGAUGGAAGACUGUUAAAGAGGUCCAAUUGUUCCAAGGCAACCUCGUCCUUGAUUGCCCUAUCGCCCCAAAGCUACUCAACCAAAUUCCUCAUGCGGAGAACGGUCAGCGCGAUGAGUUCACGCACAUGCGCUAUUCGGCCGCUACUUGCGACCCAGCGGAUUUCUUCGAGGAACGGUUCACCCUGCGCCAGAAGCUUUUUGCCAAACCCCGACACACAGAGCUGUUCAUUGUAGUUACCAUGUACAAUGAGGAUGACUUCCUUUUCGCGAGAACCAUGGUCGGUGUAUUCAAGAACAUAGAGCACAUGUGUUCAAGGACUCGAAGCAAAACCUGGGGCAAAGACGCAUGGAAAAAGAUCGUGGUUUGCGUUAUUAGCGAUGGUCGUGCGAAGAUCAACCCGCGAACUCGCGCUGUGCUGGCUGGUCUGGGUUGUUAUCAGGAUGGUAUUGCUAAGCAGCAAGUCAACGGCAAGGACGUCACGGCGCAUAUCUACGAGUACACGACUCAGAUCGGUAUGGAGUUAAAAGGAAGUCAGGUCCAUCUCAAGCCUCGCUCCGGGGUUCCAGUGCAAAUGAUUUUCUGCCUCAAGGAGAAGAAUCAGAAGAAGAUCAACUCGCACCGCUGGUUCUUCCAGGCGUUUGGCCGUGUACUUGACCCCAACAUUUGCGUUCUGCUUGAUGCUGGUACUCAGCCCGGUAAGGAUUCGAUCUACCGUCUGUGGAAGGCUUUCGAUGUUGAGCCGAUGUGUGGCGGAGCUUGUGGUGAGAUCAAGGUCAUGUUGGACCAUGGAAAGAAGUUGUUUAAUCCGCUGGUCGCGGGACAGAACUUCGAGUACAAGUUGAGUAACAUUCUUGACAAGCCCUUGGAGUCGGCUUUCGGAUUCAUUUCCGUGCUUCCGGGUGCCUUUUCUGCCUAUCGAUACAUUGCGUUGCAGAACGACAAGAAUGGUCAGGGUCCUUUGGAGCGGUACUUCCUUGGUGAGAAGAUGCAUGGUGCCAACGCGGGUAUCUUUACUGCCAACAUGUAUCUGGCCGAGGAUCGGAUUCUGUGUUUCGAGAUCGUCACCAAGCGCAACUGUCGCUGGCUACUUCAAUACGUCAAGUCCUCGACUGGUGAAACCGAUGUGCCGGAUCAGAUGGCGGAGUUCAUCCUCCAACGUCGUCGGUGGCUGAACGGUAGUUUCUUUGCGGCCGUUUAUGCUAUUACCCACUUCUAUCAGCUUUGGCGUAGCGACCACAGCUUCAUUCGGAAAUUCAUGCUGUUGAUCGAGACAAUAUACCAGACGAUCAAUAUGCUGUUCGCUUGGUUUGGCAUUGGUAACUUCUUCUUGGUCUUCCAUAUCCUCACAACGUAUCUCGGCGACGCAGACCUCCUGGGAACUGCUGGUAAGGUCCUAGGAGUCGUAUUCGAAUGGCUUUAUCUCGCGACUUUGGUGACCUGCUUCGUUUUGUCUCUGGGUAAUCGUCCUGGUGGUUCCAACAAGCUCUAUAUGACGAUGGUGUAUUUCUGGGUUUUCAUCAUGAUCUACCUCGCGUUCGCUGCAGUCUUCGUGACGGUGCGGUCCAUCCAGGAAGAAGUUGAGGAUGGCACAUUUACCUUCUCGACGUUAUUCACCAACAGCACUUUCUUCUCGAUCAUUGUCUCGCUGGGCUCGACCUAUGUCAUGUGGUUUGUUGCCUCCAUCAUUUUCAUGGAUCCGUGGCACAUGUUCACUUGCUUCAUCCAAUAUAUCCUCCUCACACCAACCUAUAUCAACGUUCUCAACAUUUACGCUUUCUGUAAUACUCACGACAUUACUUGGGGUACGAAAGGUGACGACAAAGCAGAGAAACUGCCGUCAGCGAACCUUAAGCCGGGUGGUAAAGUCGAUGUCAACAUCCCGCAGGACGACGGUGACCUCAACGCCCAGUACGAGGCGGAGCUCAUGAAGUUCUCUCAGAAGCCACUCAAGGAGGUCAAGACCAUCUCUGAGGAAGAGCGCCAGGCGGACUACUAUAAGGGUUUCCGUUCUUCUGUCGUUCUGGUCUGGGUUUUCUGCAAUUUCGCCCUAGGUGCCGUUGUACUGAGCUCGGCCGGCUUGGAUCGCUUCAGCGACAACGCGGAAGACGCGGAGACGGAUCAGAACAAUCGAGCCAUGAUCUACAUGGCUGUUGUGUUGUGGAGUGUGGCAGGUCUCUCGAUUUUCAAGUUCCUUGGUGCGAUGUGGUUUUUGGUUGUGCGGUUGUUCCGCGGUGUCUAA